UUUCUUCCUCGCUCUCAUUCUUCUGCUCUUGUUCUCUCACUCAGCUCCAAACAUGGCAGACGUUUUUGUUGGCACAUGGAACUUAAAGGAGAGCAAGAAUUUCGAUGAGUACAUGAAAGCCCUCGGUGUGGGCUUUGCCACGCGUCAGGUUGGCAGUAUGACCAAACCCACAACCAUCAUUUCCAAGGAGGGCGACGUCUUCACACUUAAGACCGUCAGCACUUUCAAAACCACGGAAAUCAACUUCAAACUGGGAGAGGAAUUCGAUGAGACCACUGCCGAUGACCGUGCAGUCAAGUCCAUGAUAACUUUAGAUGGAGGCAAAUUGGUUCAUGUUCAGAAAUGGGACGGUAAAGAGACGACCCUGGUCCGAGAAGUCAGCGAAAACAGUCUCACUCUGACAUUGACACUUGGCGAUGUCGUCUCCACACGAAACUACAUAAAGGCGGAAUAAAGAGAUUCGCAAGCCAUUCUCAUCAACGGUUAUGUACAUUUCCAGUGUUUUUUCCUCUAGUGUUCAUGUUUCUCAUUUGCACCGUUCCUCAAACACUGAAAAAAUUCCAACUUCAUACCUCCAGAUGUCUGUAUAUGAUAUCUUAUUCUGGAUAUGUGUUAUGCCUCUGCAGUCAGUGUUAUGUCAUAUGCCUUUGGAUUACUAAUAAAUAUGACAUUUGCUCCAAA